AGGAUGUCGUUUGAUGUUGGUGGCAGUAGGAUUGACGAACGUUUACAGCGGAUUAACGUAUUACCGGAUGAGAAAAGGGCGAGAAAGGUUGGUUGCAAUAGGAGCUCGCGGAGUAAGGCUAUCCGUGAUCUCGAUAGCAUGCAAUAUGGAUGUCGUGAAAAAUACCGAAGACGAUCAUGCUGCCACAGGUACGUAGCUAAAUAAAGGUCGGACAAGAAACGCUGAGUGUGGGCACUGUGUGGGCGUUUUAGUUGUGAUAUUAUAGGAGAACGAGGGGCACAGGAGCAAGAACACUAGUACGACUACGUACGAUCCAAGAAAAAUGUUACUAGAUAUAGGAUGGUGAAUGAUGACUGGCGGUGGCAGGCUGACAGUUGAACCCUGGCUCAAGUGGCUGAUACGGGUGUCACAGGUGCUUUUUUUUUUGUAUUUGAGAGAUGGAGAAGACACUAUAGGUUGCGAGGGCACUCUUUUUGAGAGACGUAAAGAUAAGUGGACUGAGACGUAAAGCAGUGGAUGAGUGGGAGAAUGCAAGUAAGCUGGAGGAUGUGACUACAGGAUGCAGAUACAAGAGACAUUGGUC